AUUUCGUAUCAUAAAUAGUAUUGCAUUAGUAUUGACCACUAUUGACCUGUUUCCUGUUAUCGAUCUGACUCCGCUUUUUGUUUAAAUAUAAGAUUCGUAAUUAAAAAAUGGAUAGAUUAUAUGCUAAUCUGUUGAGUGAACUAGAAUGUCCAGGUUGUUCAAAUUAUAUGCCACCUCCAAUAAGACAAUGUAAAACAGGUCAUAGUAUUUGUGAAAAAUGUACAAAUCAACUAUUCAAAUGCCCAAUAUGCCAGCAAAAUUUUACAAAAGCAAGAAGCAUAAAUCUUGAGUCACUUGCUAUCAAAAUGCAAUAUCCAUGCACCAAUAGUUCUUAUGGGUGUCAAGAAAGAUUAACAUUUAUAGAGAGAAAUUCUCAUAUGAAAGUUUGCUCAUAUAAGAAAUAUUCCUGUCCAUUGAAGGGAUGCUUUUUUACAGGAAGCAAAAGUGAAAUAAAGAGCCAUUGGGAUUCUAAGAAACUUAAAACCAAAACGUAUGGUAUAAAAAAAGUGGGGCGUAGUAAAUUAAAGGCAAAUUCAUAUUUUGUACGUCUUGUUGAAGCCUAUAAUGAAAAUUUCUGGUUUAAAAAAAUGACAAAGCAGGAAAAAAUUUGUUGGGCUUUACAAUACAUUGGAGAUUCAAAUAAAGCCCUUGAUUAUUAUUUUGAAAUCGAAGUUUUUAAACCAGAUUUUCCAAAAAAAAGGAUCAUUUAUAGUGAUUAUUGCCAGCCCAUUGAAAUUAACAAUGAUGAUCUUUUUUCAAAAAACAAUUGCCUGUCUGCCACUUUUGAUUCUUUGGAUAACUACAUUGGAAAUGAUAAAUUGCUAACAUAUUGCUUCAGGGUUUUCAAGUCAGAGAAAACCUCUGAACAAAUUAAGCAAUACAUAAAUGAGGAUAAUUCUAGUAGUACAUGUAGAACAAAGAGUAAAUAAAGGUUCUGGUCAAAAAAGACCUCAAGUAAAAUAUAGGUUUAUGAUUUAAAUGUCA